AUGAAACUGUUUGCGGUCGUCUUCUUGUCACUGUGGCUGGCUGUUAAAGGAUUUCAGCCGCUCUCCACUACUAGGUUGGUGCAUAAUCCUAAUAAUCGAGCAUCCUCGUUUCGACAAUACCAUGAUCCAUCCUACCCAAAAAUUGACAGUUCCCCACCCGUUGCUCGCAUCGACAUGACAACCUCGGAUGAUAAUGAUACUGUUGUGGAUCCAGUCGAAGCCAGCAAGAUUUUGACCAUGUUGGGAUACCGCGUGGGAGCACUCAUUUUCAUGGGGUGUGCCUUCAUGAUGGUUGGCUCCCACAAAAUGGCAUUGCCACUGGCCUGUUACAUGGCCGCUGGCCCCAUAUUGGCAGCUGGCGUAUCCUAUUGCCUGGAAGGAGCCGCGGUCAAUGGCCGACUCCAUACCGAAACCUCCAAACGAUUAAACUUGAGCUUGGGGCUUUAUGGAUCACUGUGGUUAUGGUGUGCCUGGUGGAUUCACAAAAGUCAACUCAAGGCGGUCAUGAUGACGAGUAGUCCAUGGGUACUGGUGGCCGCCGCCAUUACAGUGGUCAAUAGCCUGAAAGCAUGGGCAUUUGGUGCUUCCAAGGAGAGACAUCCCAUACAGGACUUGUUCUCCACUGUGAAUUCAUCCGCUGGGCUACUCGUUUCCAAUAAGGGAUUGGCGGGAUGUGUCUACCUCGUGGCCACGUGGAUGGUGGGUGCCUUUGGAAUUGUCGAAGCCACGAGUGCCUACAACUUGCUGCGCUCUGGUGGUACCAUCACGGCUGCAGCUCUCUCCACAAACAUGUUCCGGUUUUCUCUGUAUUCUACGUUAUUUGGAGUUCUUCUUUGUCUCAAGGAUGGUGGAGACCGAAAAGUGCUGGCUGCGUCGACUUUCAUUGAAUUAAAUGUACUGACAUCUUAUGUACUCGGUGUAAUGGGGGUCUACUUUUACAGCGUUGGAUCCAUUCCAUUGGGCAUUUCAUCUAUUUUCUUCUCUUUCUUUUCCGCAACACUGGGCCUUCUCAACUUCGGGCCCUCAGGGAUCGCGGCGCAAUAA